UGUGCCAGAUCGUUUUUGGCUGACAGGGCAAAAAAGCCUGUUCUGGUGUCGUGGCGAGUUAACCUGUGAUGGUGUCAGGUAGCCAAGGGAUGUGCACAGCAAAACAACAAAUCCCAUCAGGCAGCCUCCCCGGUGAGGCUGGCCCUGGGGUGUUGUGGAUUUGCCCCUUAAGUUGGUUUUUGAGCCGUGGGUGCUGCCAGUCCCCCGCAGAGCUUUGGUGGGGAAGGUGAGCCCUCCCUGCAGCCUCUCCCAUGCUGGGAGCACUCAGAAUGGCUCUUGUCAAAACCAUGCUGUCUAUGUUCAUAAACUUCCCAAGAGUUCCUGUCUGCAGGGCUCUGCCAAAUGUGUCUCCCUGGUUUGACAGAGGGUCAGAGGGGGCUUGCAAAUGGUAUUUCUGCAAGACAUCAGUAGGCUGUGCUCUGUCAGGUGUGUCUCGGUUUAUUGCUUCACGUUACUCCAGGUAUGAAGUGAUGUUAUAAGUAGUGAAUGUAAAACCAUAUAACUUGCAACCUCUUGGGCCCCAAUUUUGCAGUGCCAUAUAGAUGUGUGUAAUUUUAAGUACUAUCAGUGCUUCCACUGACCUCAUUGGGACUACUUAGAGUGCCCUAAGUUAGACACAAAUACACUUCUGCAGGGUAGGAGCCAAGGAUGACUCAUACAAGCACAUGCAUCACAGAUUUUUAUCUUUCCACUGCUAUUUAUUGUUACAACUUAUGGUUUAAUAAAGGUUAAAUGGGUUGAGCUCAGCUUCAGGUUCAGUUAUAGAGUAGACAGUUUCUAUUCUGGCACAUUUCAUCUUGAUUGAGCUUAACACUUUGUUGAGGAAUUGUGAUGUUGGCGCUGAUCACGCUUUAUCCUUUUUGGGUCCUUUAUCAGCUCCAGCAGCUGUUUUGCAUAAGUGCAGUGGAUGAAGAAUAUGGAUUUUGCAAAUCAUUUUAUUGUUCCCAGCACUCGGCAGUGAGAGAUCAUUGUCUGCUUAGCAAUAAUGGCUUUUCCAAAAGACAAACAAUUUCUAAUAAAUCAGACCUCGAAGAAUUUAAUAGUAAAAUUAAAUGACCCAUCACCAAUGGUUUAUGCAUUAUGCAGGCUCAGUGCAAGUAUAGUGGAGAGCAUAUGCAAUUACUGAAGAUAAUUAUUCUUAUGAGGGAAAAUGUUGCUGAGCAUUUCUUGUGUUAAAUAAAUGAGUGAGAUUCCUAAUGUCAUUUAGGAGAAACGUCACAGACGCUUGGAAAUCUUAACAAUUCAAAUUUAAUAAUCUAAAAUGACAAUAGCACAGGCAAAGUACAAGAGGCAUGGGAUUAUUCUCUAAUAAAUCCAAAGUAUCAGUUGGGAGGUUAUUGUUUUAGAAGACUGGAAGCUGUGAGGUGCCUGUGAUUCAAGGGUGAAGAUGAGGGUUUGUGUUUGCUGCAGAACUGUCAUCAGUUUGAACUGCAUCAGGCACUGUGAAGUCAAGUCUGAUGCAUGCAAAAGUGCAUUUUUAGCUGCAGGCAGCUGGGUCAUAGGGUGAUGUCUGCUGAAGGUCUGGGACCACAGCACCUCUCUUGCCACCACAAGCUGUGACAGACCUUUAAAGCAACUCAAAUGUCAGUGGUCCACAAACCACUAUCAGUCCACAGCCUAUCUGUGUGGGGUCUGCAGAAGGUUGCCAAAACAAGCAGGCCAGUGUCAACAGCCUUUUGCAGCCUCUGAAACACUCUGAAAAUACCAGGGGUCUAAAAAUGGAAGAUUAAAACCACUCCCUCCAACAGAAUAAUUGUUUAUCAACAGCAGCCUUAGUAUUUUUAUUUUUCAGACCUAUGCUGUUGCUGUGGGUGGGAUGCUCUUCUUCAGAGGCAGCAGGACUCAGUAAUGCUUUCCCUAAAGUGUAGCUGAUGAGAAACAGGAAUGAAAGAGGCCUUGGUAGUGGUUUUAACUGUUUAGCUGUAGGAAAGUAGCUUCUCCAGCACAAUGGUAUAUUUGAGUUCUCUGCACUAGUCUCAUCUUAAAUGAAAGGACAAGAGGCGUGAUGGAAAACAGAGUGGGACCAAUGAUUAAAAAAGAAAAAAAAAAGAAGUAGGCAGAUGAAGAGAUGAAGGGAUUGCUGUUUACAGAAAAACAAGUGGGGAGCCUGUUUUCCAGUUUCUCCUGCAGGAUUCAGUGGUUUUUACUUCCAGUUUCCACUUCAAAUAUUGAUGGUCUUGAAAGUGCAUUUGGAUCACAGACAUUUUCCAGCACAGAACAAAUCAAGAGCUCCUCUCCUAUCUCAGAGCAAUACAGACAGCUUAAUGUCAUAUGACCUCAUUUCUCCAAAUUAAAUGAAAGAAGAAUUUUCACUAGCUUUCCAUGAAGCUCAGCUAUUGCCUGUUAAUUUUGACUGUUAGUGCUGAUCUUUCAGUUGGAUUCACAGUGGAAAAUGUAGCUUUUAACAGGACAGUUGCUUUCGGGUCUUUCAAUGCAUCACUUCAUGCAGUGUCUCAAGCUUUAAUAAGUUCUCCAGCACACCAUGAUAUCAUAGCCAAAGAGGGGACCAGUAUUUUAAUUGAAUGUAAACUGAAUAUCAGCCAGUAUGAACAUAUCCUUUGGUAUAACUCCAGAGGACACCUGCUUGAACAGAAAGAUGAAGGUGACCGGUGGAGGAUUGCCGAUAACUCCCUCAACAUCACAAAGGUCAGCUUUGCUGACCGGGGCCGGUACACGUGUGCAGGCAUUAAUCAUAACGAGACCUUGUACUACACAGUCACCCUGAGGGUUAUCUUCACCUCAGGGGACAUGAGCAUCUACUACAUGAUUGUGUGCCUCGUUGCCUUUGCCAUCACCCUGAUUUUGAACAUCACCCGCCUGUGCAUGAUGAGCAGCCACCUCCGCAAAACGGAGAAGGCCAUCAACGAGUUCUUCCGCACGGAAGGGGCUGAGAAGCUGCAGAAGGCUUUCGAGAUAGCCAAGCGUAUCCCCAUCAUCACAUCUGCCAAAACGCUCGAGCUGGCCAAAGUCACUCAGUUUAAGACCAUGGAGUUUGCUCGCUACAUCGAAGAGCUCGCCAGGAGCAUUCCCCUCCCGCCUCUGAUCCUGAACUGCAGGGCGUUCAUGGAGGAGAUCUUCGAGGCCGUGCGAGUGGACGAUCCUGAUGAGGUGGGUAAGGAGCACAAGCAGCCCCCCGGCUGCGGGGCCCAGGCCACGCUGUUCCCCAGCAGCGCCGAGAUGAAGCGCAGCGAUUCCCCGGCCGGGGACUCGGACGAUGGCUCCCUGAGCGAGCAGGGCCAGGAGAUCGCCGUGCAGGUGUCCAUCCACCCCCAGUCCCAAGGGCAGAGCAUCGACACUGUGUCUCACGGCAGCUGCCACUCCGUGCCUGCUGAGGAAGGCACCUGCUGAGCCCAGAGAUGCACAGAGGGGCCCAGGAAGCUCGGGUGAUCCAAGGGUACUGUGACAAAAACGUCUGCAAACAAGCUGCUUCAGUCCCACGUGCACAAGAGUUUUCCAAAUUGCAAGGUGCCAGAGCUAGUUCUGAAGUGUGUAUUUUCUGUCAGUGUUGAUUUAACAAUUCCAGUCUGCUAGAAAAGGCCGUUUGGAAUAUUGUGUGGGGGCUUUUCUUUCUAAAGCAGGCUGGCUAUAUUUAAAAGAGUUACAAAACAGGAAUUCUUUGUCCUUGGCUCCUUAGUAGUUUUUGAUACUUCAGAUCUAUGUGAGAAGUGACCAAGCUGAGCAGUACAACUUGCAAUAAGAACUUUUCCUUUGUGAGCUCCUUCUUUCUUCACAAAGUUGAGCUGAAAUUCCUUUGAGUCAGUGUUGUUGUCCUGAUGAAUUGAGUUCUGUGCUCUUUUUGAGUUGCCUCUUGGUGCGUGUAGCCCAUCAGAACCAUGGUGAGCUUGAACAAAUCUGUUUUGUGUCACGUGCUUCUGUGUUGCUAUCAAAAUGUACUGUACUUAGGAAAAGAAUAGUGUCAGGAUCUGCUGCUGGAUUAAAUGAAUUGUUGUAGUUUCAAAGCAGCUUAGAGAACAGCCAGGUCGUCUCAGUUUUCUGUGCAUCUGCAGGAAACUUGUGUGCAUUCUAAAAGCUUUUUGCUUAAACUUGGUGCUGAUUGCCAAAGCGCCUUACCAUGGUCCUGUCCCACAGAACGGAGCAGUGACAGCACUGCUGGCACUGCCUGGCUUUUCAUUUCACUGAUUUCACUCACUAUAGAAAAUCCAAAGUUUUAUAUUGUAUUUGACGUUGUGGUGAGAAAAGGAUGACAGUAAUCACAUUGUGGCAAAACUAGUAAAUGAAUUUAUCAUCUACAGACAGGUGUCUCAGGCACAUCUUCCUGAACAGCAUUAUAACAAAGCAGGUGAAAAGUAGUUAAACUGAGUCGCUCUGCUCUGGCUGGUCCUGUCAGAAGGCAGUGGCAGAGAGAGUGGGGGCUGGCUGAGCUGUUUCCAGCCACUGUUUGCAGGAGGGGACUGACUCACUGAUAGAGCCCAGCCUCGUGUGCUGCAGAGGUGGCAGAAGGGAGAGCUGCAGGUGCUGACAUAUGUAGACACACAAGUACUUCACCAAGGAUCUCCCACCUGGCUUCCUCAGCUGUAGAAAUCCAGCCUCCAGGAAUCAGAGUGCAGACAAGAAUCUACCUUCUUCUUCUACUCUUUGGUGCUGUUUUUUUUCUCCUUAACAUUUGUAAGUUGUAUCACUUAAAUAGCAUUUUAUAUCAUGUUGAGAUUUAGUAGAUGUAAAGCUUGUAAGCACUCCACAAAUUAAUUUCUUACAACUACUGAAAGCAUAUUGCCAUAUAAUUUUAACAACUUGGCAACAGGAGCGCCAUUUAAUUUCACACAACUCUUUUUUCUUUCCUUAUUAUUACAGAAAUGUCAGUUGAACAAGUGAUUCUGGAGGGCUGCUCAGGAUUCUUAAGAGGAUUUGACAUUGCAUUUACAUGAGUAGAGGUGGAAAACAAGCAGGCACAGUGGUAAUAGCAGGGUGGGGCUGACUGUGGUAAUACAUGCUCAGAACGAAGGGGCUGAACAAAUUAUAGUUACCAUAUCAGAGAGAGGGGAAAUGACAGCAUCUAUUACCAUUUUAAACUACCUUCUGGGGAAAUUCCUGCAGUCAGCCACCAGUUAAAUCACCCUAGUUGCCUUUGGCCUGUCGGGUAAGAGUGGUGUUAGUCAGGAAGGAAAUUGCUAGCCUUUAUUACGGUAACAUUCCCACCAGCUUGGUGCCAUUUCCAAGACUGUAGCAAACUUUGUCUGCUUCAGGGGAGUAAAGCCUCUGUACACACUUCGAGUAGCUGCCUCAACAGUGACUUCUUGUUUUGCUUCCAUAGUUUGAUGGCACUUUAUGUCCAGGUGAGAAGUUUGUAUAGUGUUGUGUAACCUGUAUGGUUUCUUUUAAGUUUUUUGAGGUUAUCAGUGUUAAAAGAUACUCUGUGGAUAAAUACCUAUUUCUCUUAGAAGAAGGAAGCUGCUGGCCUCACUUCUGUGCUACAAUGGGUUCUGCAGGUUUGUUGCACAUGUGAGAGGACAGAUUUGGGAGUUUGCACCCUUUUGGAUGUGCAGGUCCAAAGAGGUGAAGGCUACAAGAGGGAAUGAUCUGUUUUAAUCUCCUUUGUGCCACAGGCCAUCAGAAUGUACCUACACCUGCCUUAUUUCCAUAUAAACAGCUCUCCUUGCUUCUGUGGAACUGUUGCAUGAUAUGCAACAUGAUAUGGAUGUGUUACCCCUAAAUGCACACACAGAGAGAGGUGCCUCUACAAAAUCUAAACUAUUUAAUUGCUUGAUUAUGAUUGACAGAUGUCACAUCAGAAGUGGCAGCUUACAGGCAGCAGAAUGACACUGGAGGUGUGUCAGAUGGGUGUCAGGAGAGCAGUUUCGAGACUGAUUUGAUCUCUUUUUUGAUUUUUAUAUUUUAUUUAUGUAGCUCCAAGUUCUUACUGAGCACAGUUACCUGGUGUCUUCAUACAUCCUAUUACUGGUUGAGAGGAAAGAGUGACCAUGCAUAAAGGUCCUCAGAAAUGCAGUUGCAGUGUCAAUUGCUGGAUAGCAAAGCUGAGAGUUUUCCUGAAUUACUACAGUAUUUUGUUCCUUAAAGGAAUUUCAUUCCUGGGAAGGACAUUGUUCUGUAAGGAUUUCAGUAUAUCAGGAGUACCUUCUGAAUGUAGGAGAUGAUCCUACUCCCACUGAAUUCAAUUAGAGAGGAUUUGGAGCUCUGUGCAUUUUAUAGGAUUUUUAUGCAUCUGAAGGCAAGGACGAUAGUGAUGUUAAAUGGUAAAAGUGAUUUCCAGAGAAUGAAAUAUGACACCAGUUUCCAAACAACUUCUGAACUAUUCUUGUUACCCUGAAAGUAGAUGAGUUCACUUAAUGUCUUUGAUGAAUCCAAUUGAACAUUAACAUUGAAAGUGUUUCUCUCUUAACUUUUUGUAGGAUGAGAAGAAUUUACAGUGGUUUCCUUGCUUUAAACUAAAGUCUCUGACAAUCACAAGGCUAUUCUAUCUCUUCUUUGUGACUUAUUUUAAAAAUAUGUAAAAUCUACUCGUUAUCCAAGAGUACCUAAAACUAACUUUGUAGUGAUUAUUUGUAUUACCUGGAUUGUAAAGUAACUGUUUAAUGUAACCAUGUAGGAUUUCAUACUUUCAUAAAAUGAAUUGGUAGAUUUGCAAAAUAAAUUGAAAAGAAAAACCUUGUUCUGCUGGAAUUUUCUGUUUUCCAAGUGAGGAGUGCCUGUCUCUCCAAGGUUAUGUAGCAGCUGUAUUGAGCUCAGCAGAAUGUUGUUCUUCAGCCUGACAGAGGUUACUGGGAUAUUCAGUCAUCUGAAGGACCAUUCCUGCUAUGGCAUCUUUGGAUCUGUCUUGUUUUUGUUUGGUUUUUUUUUUUGUCUCAAAGUCUUAACAGCAUCUAAUAAUUGUUCCCAGCUGCAUAUACAAACAGGUACAGACCUGAAAUACCAAAGACCUUGUUUACUUCUUUGUUUCACAUUGUGUGUGUGACCUUCAGCCAUAAAUCUGUUUUAUUUGUUCCUACCUUUUUCACAUGAUACUACUAUUCUGUAUUGUAAGCACUUUUCUUUUUGUAAUCCCUCACCCCAAACACCAAAAUUCCACCUUGCUGAGAAGGCUGUAGUGCCUUCCAUGGGGGUGUGCAAGCGUGAAUGAGAGCAGGAUUCACCCACACUGCUUUUAAAGAAGAGUCUCUGGAUGCCAGUUUCUGCACAAGGCAGAUAAUGGCAUUACAGCUGAAUAUUUGGGGAUUUUCCCCUGAGAACCAGCUGCCUAAAGGAAGAAUUAUUGGACCCAUACUCCUCAUGCCAGGUCAGUACUCAGUCAGCAUCUGUUUUCUAUCUCCUUGUUACAAGAGAUGCAUUAAUGAUAACAGUUCAGUUUUUUAAAGCUCCUGUAACCUGAUCCCUCAUGAUCCUAUCCACAGUGAACAAAUUCAUCUGCAUCCAUUUCCAGCACUUUUCCAUCUGGUAACAACAGAUCAUUGAAAAGGGAGCUGCAUUAAGGAUGAUUGUACUUUCAUUUUAGGUUCACACCUUAAAAAGUACAUUUUUUUCUUAAUGUUAUAGCACUUCUGUGAGUGAAGUCUCCAGCUGGAGACACAGCAGAGACACCACGGUGUCAUUCAACUCAGGCAAGUUACAGCUUUAUCGACUUCCCUUCAGCCAGGUCAUUUCACACCAGCUGAGUCUCUUUCCUCUCCUCUUUUUUUUAAUUGGACAGCAGCUCAUUCAGAUGUCUCCAAAUAACUGCCAGCUUUUUUGCAUGUGGAAGUGAGAAUUACACCAUCAUUCAAAAAAGAAAAAAAUUGUUCUGGUAAAUGCUGAAAUAUCAAAAAAAGCUCUAAAAGCUGGGAAGUUGUUCUUUAUCCCUGGUAAAACAGUACCUAUUCUUCGGUCAUGCCUGGCUGCCAAUGAGCGCAAUAAUACCGAGCAAUUAGGUCUUUCAUUUGCGUUAGGCUAAUUAAUUGUUUGCACAGUGCCCUGAAUAUGGAAUCAUUUUCCUUUUGGAAAGAAUAAAAGGAUUAGAAUGGCUUUA